AUGGAGAGAAUAGAGAAGAGAGAAGCACGGAAAAGAGGUGCUGCUUCACGUCAAUUGGCCACAAAUGACAUUGUCAUAAAGACUCCAAAGAGAAGUAGAAAAUCUAGACCAAACACUCCCAAAUGGAUACCUGUUUCUCAAGACAGUGGUGCUUUAAUCACUGAUGAAUUGUCUCAAUUGCAUUCUCCAAUAUCAAGAAAUACUAGGCCUCCUAGAACACCAAAGGAUAAGAUUAAUGAAGAAUAUGAACCAAGAGUGAAGAAACCAAAGGCAAAGCCAAAGAAAGUGAAGCCAAGGAAGGUUGAAGUAAAGCCAAAGACAAAGACAAAGACAAAACCAAAAUCAAAACGAAAGAAAGUUGAACCUCAACCAGAUAAUGACCUAGAUAACGACCUAGAUGAUGAUCAAGAUCAAGAUUUCGAUAAUGCUCAAGAAGAAUCAGAUAUCGAACUCGAUGAUUUAUACGUUAAUGGCACAAUGGAGGUUAAAAUAUCAAGAUUACCAACUUCAAGUAUAAGACUAACUUCAAUUGAUAUCAUUUUACAAAGUUUAAAUGAUGCCUUAACUCAUGAAGAUGGUAAACAUUCCCAAAUUUUCCAAAAAUUAAAUAAAUUACAUUUAAACAAGAUCUUGGAUUUGAAUCUAACAAAUAAUCAUUAUUUAUAUAAAUUAAAGGAUUUAAAAUCAACAAAACUGGAUCUUAGAAAUGAAUUAUUUGAUAAAAGACAAGAAAUUAAUGAAAAUUUAGUAAAAUUAGAAAAUUUAAGAAAUCAAUAUAAUAAAGUUCAUCAAUUGAUUAAAACUAAAAAACAAAUAAUUGGGAAAUUGAAUAAUUUAUCAAAAUCAUCAUCAGAUAAUAAUGAUUCAAUAUUGAUGAAAUUAAACAAAUUAAAUAACAUAGUUGAUCCAAAUUGGGGGAUACUUGAUAAAUUAAAAGAAAUCAAUUCAAAAUUUCAUGAAUUGGAUUGA